GUGAGGGAAACAAAGAAGAGAGAAAAGAGAAACAGACACACACACACAGACAUAGUUAACUAACUGACUGUGUCCUGUCCUUCCGCUUGUGCUCUUCCCAACCCUUUCAUCUCUUCACUCCACUCCCUCUUUUUUCCUUCCCUCUUCCCUCCCCUCUCUUCUCUUCCUUCCCCUUAACUUCACCCCUCACUCACUCUCUUGUCGCUUGUUGCUUGUCGCUUGUCAGCCUACGCCUAUUACCGCAAUGGAUACGUUUUCGUCGUCGGACAGUCCGUCCUCCCCCGGCAAUCGUAUUGUGUCCUACCUCCAAACUUUGGCCAAAUCCAAGACCAAACUGCCUUACGGACUGCCUGUGUGUGUGUCCCCCUCUCACACGGUUACCAGCACGGACUCGCUCCUUCAUCUUGCAUCCUUGGUCGGCCCCCAUAUCAGUAUCCUCCAGGUUCACGCAGAUAUCAUCGAUGACUGGUCCGAGGAAACGGUUCGCCAAUUGACCACUCUGGCUAGAAAGCAUGGCUUCUUGAUCUGGGAAAGCGGUCGAAUUCUCAAUUCAACCGUUGACGUUGUCGGUCGGCAGAAGUCUGAAUCGAGAGAAGUACGGAGCGGCGUGGUCGACUUGAUACGGAAGAAGUACACCAGGGGUGUGGUGAAGCCAGCAUCAUGGGCGGGCAUGUCGACAGCCUGGGCUUCGGGAGCCGCUGUUUACAAUCAGGAAGCCGACAUCUUGAUUCCGACCUUGAAGGCUGCCGCUCGGGAGGCAGUGGCAGACGCUGUACAGACCAUUAGAACCGAAAUCACCGCCGACAGUUUCGCAAAUGAGCAUUCUAACAGCGAUCAAGACUCGUCACAAUCCCAACAUCUUACUGAGUACGCGGUCGACCAUAGUGGACUGGGACUGCCCCCACGGAAGGCUUCGACCAUUUCCCUUACCCAAACAAUCACACAGCAUACCGAAGAUUCCGCCGAUUAUCCUUUGGAGUCUCCUCAGUUUGAGCGCCACGGCUUCGAGUUUGGAACUUUGAGUCCAUCUACGAUACCUGAGGAUCUUCCUCCCCCGCCUCUUCUGGCUCGUGGUCUAGUACUUUGUUUGCCAUCCCGGACCGAUACAUCAUUUACUCCCGACUACCGUCAAAGCUGCAUAGCUGCUGCCCGUGCCAAUCAAGACUUCGUGGUGGGAUUCCUCUGUGGUGAACCAUGGCACAUUACCUCGCAAAGAAGCGAUAUCUUUGAGACAGGCCUGUCCGGUUACGGCGAUGAGCAGCAGCAGCUUAGCCCAUACUCGUCGGAUGACGAUGAGGAGCUUCCACACUUUGCGUUGUUCUCUCCCAUCUGCCAAGGUCGACAGCCGCUGGAUGGCAGCGAGGAAGAAGAGGUGGAAGAGGAGGAAGAGACACCUCUACCUGAGACCACGAUACCAAUUGAAUCGCUCAACCCUCUUGCCGCGAAACUAUUCUAUGCUGCUGGGAAGGCAUUCAAACUCCGCGAAGCAACCAGCCAGGAAAAUGGAAUCAUGCCGAAAUCCGACACCACCAAAAGUUGCCAGAUCUUGCACAUUCCUAUCGUCUCGUUGCCGUGAAGAGGCGCCGCUGAAAGGAUACUUCCUACGACAUGCACCGCAUCUUAUUUUCUUUUCGACUUCGAAUAAAUAAUCACCUAUUCUGUUCGCACAUACAUAUUUAUUUUCGCUACUAUGUCUUUUAAAGCAACAUUAUCGCACAAGGGGGUUUGGAGUUGAGCGCUGUCAAAACUAAUCUAUUCUGUCAUGUUCAAUCAUUGCCAUCUUCUAAGUACAACAUUCGGGGGGUCAGAAACCAUCUGUGACUACAGCCAAAGAGCAUAGCAAAUUUUCGCAUCACUAGGUUCGGGGAAUACAAGAAUUUCAAAUACCA